GUUAGAAGUUCUUUCUGCAGGAAAAAACGGACUACAAGAUCUAAACCAAGUUUGGUCUCAGUUCAUGGCAGUUUGCCGGCGGUGUGAUAAACAGAUCGAAUCCAGAAAACGUCAGAGAGGAUAAAGAUCCCCACUUUUUCAAUAGAUCACAGGUAAAACUCUUCGCUUUCGGUCGUGUGCAGAGUAUGAUUCCGUCUGUUGGACCCUCUGAGCAACAGCAAUUCCAGCUCCAUGUGAAGUAAACUGUUGGAUUUUCGUCGCAAGCAGUACUCGCACCCGCGCGGCAGGCUGCGGGCGGUUCUUCCGGUGGGCAGUAAAAGUCAGUUGGACUGUUUCUAUUUGCUGCUUUUUGUGGAUUAGUCCGCUGUGAGCAUGGGAAACGCCCCUCGGAAAAAUCCCGGCGGCGUCACCGAGCGAGGCAAAUCGCCCGAGCGCGGUGGUGGCGAUGUUGGGGGUGCGCAGGGAAGCACAGUACUUACAUGCUUGCGUUUUACUGAUCUAGGAAUAUUCAGUUCGGAUUUGUCAUGCGCCAGAUGCGUUGACAAAGUGACAAUUCAGAUCAGUGAUCGAUCUUGUUUCUCACACGUUUUUCUGUUGGCGUUCGCAUCAAAAUUCAAAUUCAACAACAUUACCAAACCAUUUUUUUCACAUCAGACAAGCGGAAGCGCGGCCGUUUCCUCCACCACCCCGCCCGCCGGAGCAGCAGGACCUGCGCAGCAACUUCCGCAGUCGAUGCAGAGUGCGGUGUCGCACGAUUUUCCGAACGAGAAUAUAAACGAAACGCAGCAGGCCGGCGGCCCGGGGGGAGUUGUUUCGAAUGCGAAAACUAACGUGUCAGCGAAUGCGCUGCGGCAGAUGAACAAAGGGCAAAAAGCUGGAAAUAAGGACGAAGAGACCACCGCGGCCUCAACGGCGACAAAGAGUGCGAAUGUCGCAGAUCCACCGAACGUGGUGCAACAGGAUGGCUUGGAGCUCCAGCUCUCUGGAGGGUCCUCGGAGCAGGAUCCUCUGCAAGGCGGUGCCGCCGCAACUACAGCCAGGCGUCCCAGCCACGCCAGUGACACGGUCUCCGUGGUGUUCACUUGGACGCACGGUGGGCAAAAUGUCUUCCUUAUCGGCAGCUUCAACAAUUGGUCGGAGCGGAUCCCGAUGGUGCGGUCCGGGUUGGAAUUUCACUGCGUCGUGGAAUUGACGAGACAGGAACACCAGUACAAGUUCGUCGCUGACUAUCGUACGAAAAAAUGUUUCACUCUAAGGAUUUUGCAAGUUUUGCAUCACAAGUUUGAUGUUCUACAUCACAGAGAAAAUUUGCCAUGCGAGAUUCCUAAAGGAAAGAACAAACACAGCUAAAUAAAAUCUAGUGUCUUGCGUGUGUACUAGCAAGACAAACACUUCUCAGAUACAGUUUCUGCAUUACAAGUUGAAACAGUCUUUUCUUGCGAUACUGACGAGCAGUGGCGCUACUCCAGUGACUACCCGAUCGUUUCCGAUGAUUUGGGCAACAUUCACAACAUUAUGGACGUCACGCACUACGAGCCGUAUGACCUAUUCAAGAUCCCGGACAACGAGAGAGUUGACAAUUUGCCGUUCACACAGGUAGAAAUUUUGAAAAUUUGAUGAUUAUACGUCGUCCGUGAGUAAAAGGAAAAAUGUUGUGCACUUGUAUUUGAUCUUCCCAUAGAACUAGAAGAAGAACAGAGACGCUUUAUUGUUCAAACGGUUGUAAAGCUGAUGUUUUUGUUUUAAUAAAAACUUUUUGCGUGUUGAGGAACUACAAAUGAAAAGUCCUUUAUUUCUCGAAGGUGAUGCCGGAUUUCACCGCCUACGCGACCGAGCCACCGACCAUCCCGGUCGUGCUUGCGAAGUCUGCUUUCGUGGCCGUUGACCCGCCGGUUGAAAAGAUGCCGCCAAAUAUCCUGAGGGAAAACUUCCCCGCCCCAUACACCAAAUUGGGAAAUCUGCAACGCAGAUGCAGAAGUUUUGGGAGUUGUGCAUGACAAGUUUCCAUCUGCAGUGUAGUGCUGGUUAGAAAGGGAAGCCGCAUAAGAAAUUAUCCGUUUACUCAUCCUGUUUACAGCAUUGCAAAUGGAAAAACACGAUUGGAAAUGCCUCUACUCAUGGAGCUGCGCAUUACAAAUGUUCCUGUCAUUGCGCAUUUGCGUUACAACUCUGGAGGGGGAGACGUUUUUACACAGGAUACCAAACAUUCCGCUGCAUUCCAUCUCCCACCACAUGUACCACGACUUCACCCGCACAUUGCGCCCCCGCGUCCGGUAUCAACUGCAAAAAUGUCUGGGACUGGAAGAGUCGGGGCUUGUCAUGCAGAUUUUGCAUGACCCGUGAGGUCUGUGAUGCUGGUGCUAGCAUCACAGAUUUUUUGAGAGCUUCGUGAUGCUAAUUACGCAUGAGAAAUACAACCCUGCUCCCCGCGUGCCAAGAACUGACCCCUCUUGCUGCUCACGCAACACAGAUACUUUUAGAAUCCGCAGACAGCAUUACAAGUUCCACUUUUCCAGACCCAGACAUAAUUGCAAUCCAUAUCCGGCGGCGACUCCUCGACGGCAGCUUGGUCCCCGCCAACAACGAGGAGUUGCGAGUGAGGCUAAAAUAUCAAAUGCAAAAAUGUCUGGGUCUGGAAGGUUGGAGCUUGUUAUGCUGCAUUUGGAUUCCAGAAAAAUCUGUAUUGCAUGAGUACCAAAGGGAAUGCAAUUUUUGCUACGCUGAGAAGGCAUUUGCCAUGCGGAAUAGGCAUCAAGAAGCCCUCAAAAAAUCUGUAUUGCUAGGGUGUGCAUCACAGACGUCAUGGCUCAUGCAAAACGUGCAUGACAAGUGUCAGAAUCUUCCAGACCCAGACAUUUUUACAGUUGAUAUAAAAGCCGCCUACGCGCACGAGCAGGGCGAGCAGCUGUCAAUCCCCGGGAUCAAAAGCGAGACCGACAAGGAGAUAUGGGAGAAAGAGAAGUUCGCAAACCUGUUUGACGAACAGAACCGGGUGUUGUGCAUAUCCUGUGUAAAAACGUCCCCACGCCACAUUUAAAUUGGGAACUCUGCUAGACAAAUCAACUAGUUCCGCUUACUGCGCAUGACAAGUUCUUUGGCCUCGUAGUGCAAUUCUGCAUGAGAAAACUCGACUAGACAAUGCUUCUCAUGGGGCUCCGCAUGAGAAACAUUUUCAUCAUGCAGAUUUGCAUGCCAGAGACAGCUAUGGGCUGCGGACGUUUUUCCAUAGUAUAGUGCACCGCGGUGACGUCCAGGUAUGAGUCGAAGUAUCCUGUGCAAAAGUAUCGUACUCGCAGUAAUCGCAAGCAUGCAUUACAAAUCUUGCUCUUAAGGUAAAUCAGCAUGACAAAUUUUAUUUCUGAUGCUCUGAAAAUUUGUCAUGCAUUUAUACGAGUGCGAUACUUUUGGUUUUGCAGUGCAUACGAAGUACACGACGACCAUUUUCAUCACUCGCGGGAAUUCCUGGGCGAAGGAUUACCACAAAGACCCGAAGGUUCCGUACUGGGCCGCUUGCAAUCCGCUGCUGCAAGGGAUGAAGUUUCACCCAGGCGAAGUACGGGGGAAAAUAGAUUCAUGCACAAUUGCCCCUCUUUUACUUUUCCCCUCAUUAACAAGUAUAAUUUGGAGAGCAUGAGUCGACGAAGUAAGUAAUUGACAACCGACAUCGAUAGGUGCCUAUCAGCACAACAAAUCCGCGCACAGAAAAGUUGUGCCGCCAUUAGCAGCCUUUCCGAGCUUGGCACGCAGACAGUGGCAAAAGGCAAAAAGUGGAUCGAUCCGGAGUAAUUUGCAUGACAAACUGCAUUAUGACAAACACUGGGGUCGUGUGGAGGGAGAGUUAUUUUGAACUGUGAUACGAACCCGGGAAAAUGCAGAAAGGCCUGGACAACGAGCUGGGGUCCUCGGAGGAAUAGGGGACGAGCUCGGCUGCUGCCCUUCGGGAGUAGAUAGACCAUCUUCAAGGGACCGAAAACAACAAACAUGGUCCCGCCAAGAUGAAGCGAGUUUUUUGCCGACUGAGCAAGUACGUAUGCGUUCAGGCAGUUUAGUAGUGUUGCUCCUGCGAAAGCGAUUUUAUUUUAUCCUCUUGUAGUAUGUAAGUAAGUAUCCCCAACUCUAUCUCACCGCCUCUGAUUGCAAACUGGAAAAGCCCUUCAGAGGUCGUCCGUGAGCAAAUACGAAUUGACUAUUUGAAAAACUACACACGCGCCAGAGCACCGUUGUGGGUCCAGCACAAAAAACCUGUACAGGUUUGAUAUUCUCAAUCCAUCUAACUAGUCGUCGGCCCACGUCGCUCUUUGUCGUGCUUGUUCGCAUCAUGUAGCAGAUAUGUUCGUGAUAUAUUGUUACAACGGGUGAGAUGCUUUGUGGCACCAGAGGGCUUCGUUUCCCCGAUGUAAUGUUUAGGGCGUUACUUG